AUGGCGACCCCGCAAGCGAUGUUCGCCGCGAUGCAAAAGAAGCUCACCGAUGAGUCUCGCACGUACGAGACGCUGGGCGAGGAGAUGAGCGCGAACGCGAUCGCUCGACAGCAGGCGUCGCAGCAGCUGAGCGAGAAUGAGAUGGUGUUAAAGGAACUUGAGCUCUUGGAGGAUGAAGCAAAGGUGUACAAGCUCAUUGGUCCGGUUUUGAUGAAGCAAGAUCUCGAGGAAGCGCGCGGGAACGUCGGGAAGAGGUUGGACUACAUAAGAGCGGAGAGCGAGCGCUUGGAGAAGAAGGCGGGCGAACUCCAAAAGAAGCAGCUCGACAAACAGAAGGACAUCAUGGAGCUUCAGCAGAAGAUGAUGGCGUUGGCGAACCCGAGCGGUGGUGAAUGA